CCCAGCGCGCGCGCUCCUGUCGCCGGCCGGCUACCCUACUCCAAGCGGCGCAGAAAAGCGACGAGAGGGGGCGGGGUCUGGAGACCUCCAUCCUCGGGCUGAGACCGGAGGGAUGUUCCCUGCUCAGGAGGAGGCCGACAGGACGGUGUUUGUGGGGAAUUUAGAGGCCCGAGUACGGGAAGAGAUUCUUUACGAGCUGUUCCUUCAGGCUGGGCCAUUAACCAAAGUGACUAUAUGCAAAGACAGAGAAGGAAAGCCGAAGACUUUUGGAUUUGUCUGCUUUAAACACCCUGAAUCGGUGUCUUACGCCAUAGCUUUGCUGAAUGGAAUUCGUUUAUAUGGAAGACCAAUUAAUGUACAGUAUCGAUUUGGGAGCUCUCGCUCUUCUGAACCAGCUAACCAAAGUUUUGAGAGCUGUGUUAAGAUAAAUUCACACAGCUACAGAAAUGAAGAAGUUGUGGGCAGAUCUUCCUUUCCCAUGCAGUUCUUUCCAAUUAAUAGUGCAGCUUUACCUCAAGAAUAUUUUUUCUUUCAGAAGAUGCAGUGGCAUGCCUAUAAUCCAGCCCUGCAGCUUCCUUACUAUGAGAUGGCCAUAUCGCUUCCUAACAGCACGUCUGCGACGUCUUCACUAAAUUGUGUUCCAGAUCUGGAGGCUGGACCCAGCUCUUACGAAUGGACUCACCAACAACCCAGUGACCCUGACCUUUAUCAGACGAAUAAACGAAAGAGGCAAAAACAAACCAGUGACAGUGAUAGUAGCACAGAAAACAAGAGAGGAAAUGAAUAUAGCCAAAAGUUCCGCAAGUGUAAGAAAAAGAAAAGAUAUUAGCAUCAUGUUUACAUGAAAUUUAUCUACCCUGGUCUUCAUUUUCUUAAAAGAAAAAAAACAAACAGACCUGUAUUCUAAAUGACCAAUUCCGUGGCUUUCUUGUGUUUUUUGAAAUAUAUAAUAUGACAUCCGAUUUACUAUUUCAUUUUUGUCUUGAGUGACAAAAACUUAUAAAUAAUAUAAUGUAGUA